AUGAUGGUGUUGUUAAAAUCAUUUUUAUUGCUUUUGGUGGUCUAUUAUUCAACUUUCAGUUGUGGGGAAUCUAGUCGGAUUCGGUCUGCGGAACAAGGUAAGCGGGUUUUUCGAAAGUACGAGCGCGAGCUUUUCUUGUAAUCGAUCAACAGUGAUGUCGUGCGACAGGCUGCUACUAUAAAAACCGCGAGAGAUUUCACGAGUGCUUUUCGGCUUAACUCAUUUGUAAUUAGCGUGUACAUGUUUGACUUUCUUGUUGUUGAGUAAACAAUUUUCCAUGUGAACUGAAACUUUGUUCACUGUACAGUUAACCUACAUUAUGGCAAAGCUGGAACCGUCAACGAUGCCGGACGUUUUAGAGACCAAAAGCGCUAUUAUGCUUAUUAUGAUCACGAAUCAGUAGUCAGGGAAGCUUUAAGGCGGACAGUUUGUUUUUUAUGACAAAAUAAGGAUAGUUUUUAACUUUUUAAAAUCCUCAAUUUUGAAUUUAGUUCAAACUUGUAAAACACCUUCGCAUAAUAGGGAAUCAGGGAAUCAACAGUCACAUUUCGGGCAAAUCUAAAUGAAGACAUGAGCGUCUUAGUUGAAAUCAUUAAGCAAUUACUAACUCAGCGCGAAAAUUUUUAGGGCUUCAACGGGAUUUGACAGAGCGCAUGGCCUCUGCGUUAACUGAGGCUGCAGUGGUCAAGUAGCUAUGCCUUGAAGACUUAUAAAUUUGGAACAGGCCAAUUUGUUGAAAAAAAAAGGGAAAGCACGAGCACCUGAUCGCAGGUUAUAGUCUUCUUAACCUGGAAAAGGAAUAAACAGAAUGAAGAAAUGAAGAUGAUGAGUUUUUAUAGCUCAGUUGGUAGAGCAUUGCAGUGCUAACGCAAAGGCCGCUAAGAGUACCAUCAUAUUGAAGCCUCGAAAUUUUUUCGGAUUAAUAUGAGCUGCAAUUGCAUAAGUUGAGAUAACAACUGCGACGGUCAUAUCUUCGUUUACAUUUGUGUCUCCGCAUUUCACAUCAUUUUCAUUCUAUGUCGCAGUUUAGUCCCUACGUUCUCCUGCGUGUCACACGCCACUAAAGUCAAGAAUAUUUUCAGCUCAUCUGAUUGUUUUAGUUAAGAGAUAUAAGCUGUGCAUGUGAAAUAGAUGCUCAUUAUUUUCUUCUGUUCACAAUGAAGGUUCUUCAUUUGAAGAUAAUACCGUUGAAGACAGCGAGACCAAUUCCAUUAAUUCGCGUAAGUGGAAAAUUUUAAAUGCGUUUUCAAUAAAAAGUUUGUUUCGUGUUUAAUAAGGCAUUUUAAAUAAAGUUCUUCUGCUCAGUUUGUUCCCUUCCAUUCAGUAUUUACUUAAUUAUCAAUACUGAAGUUUUCACUUCAGUUCCAGAGUAAAAUGAUAUUAUGAUACAGUUCAAUAUUCUCUAUACUCCCUCAAAAAUUAGCAAGCUUUCUCAGCAUUUUAUCUGCUCACAGCAACGUGUGGCCAGGUCACCGCAGCAGGGGGCAGGGUGAUUGGUGGAAAGGACGCUACUGCAGGGGAAUGGCCUUGGCAAGCAAAACUGGUUACCAGGGGUACAGGGUUCACUUGCGGUGGCUCUCUUAUCACACGUGACUGGGUGAUGACUGCUGCACACUGCAUCUCAAGUAAUGAUCCCACUGCUUAUGGUGUGACGCUUGGUGAUCUCAACAGGGAACAACCUGACGGUACUGAGCAAAACUUUAAUGUCAAACGUGUAGCGGUGCAUCCUAAGUACAACUGGCCAGUUCCUAUCAAUAAUGACAUAGCUUUGUUACAGCUGACAAGGCCAGCCACUCUAACCUCUUUUGUGAACACCGUUUGUUUACCACGUUACUCUGAGGUGGUACCAGCUGGGACCAAGUGCUUCAUUUCGGGUAAAAUUUAUUCAUUUAUUAUUUAAAACUCUUUGGAAAAAAUUGACUGACUGACUCACUUUCGCCGGUGAACGAUCCACUUUUAAAAUAACGCCAGGGAUGUUUUCAAGAAGCCAAAGGGUUUGGCUUUGGGGGUUGGUUUGUUGCACGCUGGUUUGUCGGUUUGUUGCACGCUGUUAUAAAAGUUGUUUUCCACCCUUUUUCGCCGUUCCACAUUCAACAGACCUUAUCCAGGAUGCCGGCCUAACUUUUAAUCACGUAGGGACUGAUGGAUUGAAACAGUAUCGCUACGUCUCUCAAUUUUUGAUGUAAGUUGUUUAUUGAAUCAAACUGAGGAAAUAAUUUUUGCCAUACAAAAAUUUUUCGUCGACUUUCCUGUCAAGGCUGUCAUUAUUGCUCGCCGCUUGUUCAGUCCUCAAUUUAAACAAGCCAGGUAUUCCAUGGUUCAGAGGCAAGUGCAACACAACUAGUCAUUUCUAAGCGUAAUAUCCUACACGAUGACUUCAUGCGACUUGUCACAGGGAAGAAAGUUUAUAAUAAUGGAAACAAAAAAAUCAUUAAUAUAUGGUCUGAUGGAUAUAUUUACUCCCUCCCUUCCCUUCCCAUUGGAUUGGGGUCCUUAAACAGGUCGCUGAAAUUAAAUGAAAUUCUCGGCGCUUUAUUCUGUUUAUAGGUUGGGGACAGAUGGAUCAUCCUGGUUCUGCUGCUACAAAGCUGCAGCAAGCUUCAAUGCGUGUGGUAUCCAACCGUGUGUGCCAGACCAUGCACAUGAACUCAGCCAUUAACGCUUCAACUGCUGUUACUUCCGCCAUGGUAUGUGCAGGGGAUGCUGGGAAGACUAUUAAGAGUGGCUGCUUUGGUGACAGUGGAGGACCCUUUGUUUGUCAAAACUCCGCUGACCAGUGGAUACAGCAGGGUAUCGUCAGUUGGGGUGAUCCUUCGUGCUCCUCUGCCAAUCACUACAGUGUGUUUGCUCGAGUCAGUGCCCUCCGACAAUGGAUCGAUGAAAUCAUAAACGAGUGAAAAGAGAUUUGCAAACGAGCUGCGAUCAUCAUAAAAUCUGUAUUAAAAUAUAGCAUUAAGAUCCAAGAGUGUUAUAAAAUAUUUAAAGAAUGCAUUAAACAAGUUCUCUCUCUUGAGUUCUAAAUUGUCUACACGGCCGACAUACAUCUGACAAGGCAAAAGGCUUCAUUGAACGAAAAGGCGAUACUGCCGGCGGGACUAACACGGUCUUGAAAGCUUUAGAUUUGGCUUAGGCGCCUGAGGGUUGUCUAUUGUUGGCAAUGUAUUUCACCUCGUGGUUCUGUACCAGCUGUCCCUCUCAUGAUGC